GGCACAUGAGAAGUUUGGACUGCUGUAACAACAUGGCUGCUGCCUGGUGCAGAGGAAAACACAGACUGAAACGUUUUUAUCAGCUCAGUGUUCAGAUACCAAACAGAAAUUAUACAGCAGAGAAGUUUGAUUAUGACCUCGUGGUUAUCGGUGGAGGAUCCGGAGGUUUGGCAUGUUCUAAAGAAGCUGCUCACUUGGGACAGAAUGUGGCGGUCCUGGACUUUGUUGAACCCUCAUUACGAGGUACUAAGUGGGGUCUCGGCGGGACGUGUGUGAACGUUGGCUGCAUUCCCAAGAAGCUGAUGCACCAGGCGGCUCUGCUCGGCACCGCGCUGAAGGACGCGCCCAAAUACGGCUGGCGAAUCCCUGAGCCCGCGUCACAUGACUGGGCGACGAUGGCCGAGGCCGUGCAGAAUUACGUGAGGUCGCUGAACUGGGGUCACAGGGUCCAGCUGGAGGACAGGAAGGUGAAGUAUCUGAACUUGAGAGGACACCUAGUGGACGAGCACACCGUGCGAGGCGUGAACGCCAGAGGAAAGGAGACGACCGUGACGGCCAGGAACAUCCUGAUAGCCACCGGCGGACGUCCGAGAUACCCCACGCAUGUCCCGGGAGCUCGAGAGUUCGGCAUCACCAGCGACGACCUGUUCUGGCUCAGAGAGUCUCCGGGAAAAACGCUAGUCGUGGGUGCCAGCUAUGUGGGUUUGGAGUGCGCCGGUUUCCUCACAGGCAUCGGACUGGACGCCACGCUGAUGGUGCGCAGCAUCGCCCUCCGUGGAUUCGAUCAGCAAAUGGCCGGCUUGGUGACCGAUCACAUGACGUCCUACGGAACCAGGUUCUGCUGGAACGGCGUCCCUAAGAAGGUGGAGAAGCUUCCGUCCGGACUUCUGCGGGUCACCUGGACCGACACCCAGAGCGGUCAGGAGCAUCAGGACCAGUUUAACUCGGUGCUCUGGGCUGUAGGUCGAGCUCCUGAAACCGGAACUCUGAACCUGCAGCAGGUCGGCGUCCAGCUGAACGAAAACUCCGGCAAGAUCAUCGUGUCCGGCGACGAGCGGACAUCAGUGCCCAACAUCUACGCCAUUGGUGAUAUCGCUCAGGGUCGUCCUGAACUCACGCCGACGGCCAUCCAGGCGGGUAAACUCCUCGCUCGCAGACUGACCGGCCGCUCCAACCAGCUCAUGAACUACGACAACGUGCCCACAACAGUCUUCACUCCACUUGAGUACGGGUGUGUUGGUCUAUCUGAAGAAGAAGCCGAGCGUAGAUACGGUGCAGACAACAUAGAGGUGUAUCAUGCCUUCUACAAACCUCUGGAGUUCACUGUGGCUCAAAGAGAUGCCAGUCAGUGUUACAUCAAGGUGGUGUGUGAGCGGGAGGGCAAUCAGCGAGUGUUAGGGCUGCACUAUACGGGGCCAAACGCUGGAGAAGUGGUCCAAGGCUUCGCUCUCGGCUUCCAGUGCGGCUUCACCUACGCUCAGUUAGCCGACACGGUCGGGAUCCACCCCACCUGCGCCGAGGAGCUCACCAAAAUCGGCAUCACCAAACGUUCGGGGCUGGACGCCACGGUAACCGGCUGCUGAGGUUAAACACCCCCCCGACCUUAAAUUCGCAGAACACACGGACCCCGUUCAUAUUGUUUUCGAUCGAUUUUGGAUUCUCCUCCCUCCCUUCAGUGGCAAAACUGGCCAGCUGUGGUGGUCGGUGGGUACAGAACAACAGGUAGACCAGUAGACAGGUAGAACGGGUCAAUAUGUUAGCCCAGUAUCCAGUUCCCUAUUGCACAUGUAGGUUUUCCGGAGUAACAGAACAAACCAGAGUAAUGAGAUGAACCCUAUGGGAUGUGGCGCCCACUCUACCCGCCCUGUUUGCCACCUACCUUCACCGUAGUUCCAGAACGUUCCUGUAAAUCGGGAUCGAAGGUUCAUUACGGCGGCUUCUCGGCUCGGAAUAUUGUUCUUACUCCGGCUGUACUUCCUGUCCAUUACUCACGCGCCGUAGCCGACACUGAUGGAUGGGCUUGACCCGUCGCCACGCCGGUACACCCUUUUUCCCAAGGAAGCAGACAAACACACUGCGAGGAGCGCGUCAGUCAAAUUCGGGGUCGAGAACGAGCUUGUUUAGACCUUUUCCUAGAGCAGUUUUCCCCCCUGAGCACUCAGUGAAAACAAAACACGUUCACUGCAGGCCCGAUCACUGGAGAUAAAGCGUUUAUAGAGGUACCUCACUCUGCCCCUAGGUGGCACUGUUACCCUCCAGUUCCACCUCGUCUGCUCCAGAUUUACCAAUUGCAAUCGGCGUGAUUCUACACCGUCUUCUCCCAAUACUAUUGAAACCUUUGAGUGGGGGGCAGCCACACCCAUGAGGGUCCAUAAAGACAUGGUUUGAUUAGUUUGUUAUGAGGAAACUCCAGUGACCUGCACAGAUCCUUGAUCUCGACCACAUCAAACAAGUUUAGGAUGAUUCGGAAUGCCAGCUGUGAGCCAGGCCUUCGAGGUCUUGGGAUUUCAACUAAUUCUGCCCCACUGGAAGCAAAACUCAGCAAAAUGAAAUAUUUUUAUACUUUAUGUUUUCAUCUCUUUCACCAUAUCGGCCACCCCUGGUUCUCGGUGAUUUUUGCCCCCACAGAGAGGGUUUGUUUUUGUCCGAUGGGCCUCGGCCCUGAUUAAUGAGGCUCGCGGCGGGCGUGACGGGCCGCUGCGGGGACGGAGAGGAGCUCGGCUACCUGGUUUAUUUGGAUCCAGGAGGGAGCAAGGGGGUCCUGUGUUCUCGUUUUUUAGGGAGCGGGGGUGCUGACUGAACGACCCUGACCCCGACCCACCACCAACAAAUUGUUUAUAUCACACACACACACACACACUCACACAUACAUUUAUCAUAGCAGUCCUGGAAACUUUAAACUAGUGUUAAAUCGUCUUUAAUGUUUUGCCCUGUGCAAAAGUUUGUGCACCCUGAUGAAAAGAUGUUUAAAUGCAUUUAAUUAAGAACAGUAAUUGUGACGUGCGAACGUUUGGACGCCGUAACCAAGUCCUCACUUACUAACGCCUACUUCGGUUGAUAUCACAGCAUGUUUAGAUCUUCCAAAAUGUUCAAGUUUAAGCCCCUGUGGGGCGCUCAGGCAAUGCAGUGGUAAAACACGUCGGCCCACCAGUGCUGAGAUCUCGAGCUUACGAGUUCGAAUUUCAGCUCUGCUGUCAGACGCACGAUUGGCUGUGUCUGUAGGGGGAGGGAGAACGACUGAAACUGUACAAAAGUACAAACUUGAUAUUUGCUAAAAUAAAAAUAAAUAAUUUCACUAAAAUAAAAAUACAUUUUGCAGAUAUAAAAUAAAAAUAACAAAUUUUGCUAAAAUAAAACUAAACUCAGUGAUGACAGUCCCCACAUUCUUUAUAUGCCAUCAGUACCAAUUUAAAAGCUGGUUGGUAUUUUUUUUAAAAAUGCAUUUUCUCCCGACUUUUAGCGUAUCCAAUUACCCAAUUGCGUUACGCUCUCUCUCUACUGAUGCUGAUCCCCACUCCUGAUUGAGGAGAGCGCGACUGUCACACGCCCCCUCCGACACGUGCGCAGUACCCGACUGCAUCUAUUCACCUGCACGAGGCGAGUUCAUAUGCGGAUCAGCUUUGUGUACGGAGAGCCACACCCUGAUCCUCAUUAUUCCCCAUCAACCAGCAGCAGAGGUCGUAAUUGCAUCAGUUACGAGGUUCCUAUCCGGCUUCCACCCUGUAUGAACAACAAUCGGUUGAAUUCAAUGUCAGCUCUCGUCCUUGUGUGCCUAGUUAAUAUUUUGGACUGGUGUUCAACUAGUAUGAGUUUUUUUAGGACGCAUUAGCAAUAUUUGGAAAGCCGUGAGGCAGAUUGUGCUUUAUUUAUAAUACUAAUAUAAGCUUAUACUUUAACAAAAUGAAUUUCAUUUCAUUGAUUAGAAAACAAAAGACAACAUCUCAGAAUGGUUCGAUUUAUUAAUCAUAAGCGAUCGCUCAAUAAGGAAUUGUGCACAGCGCCCACUAGUGGUCCUCACAUCUUCAUUCAGUGGGUCAGGUGACCACAGUGGUGAUUAAUAUUUUAUUUAAUUGUAAUACAGGGGUUUUGUUUUGCCUUUUUGCCAGCAUACAAGCUUCUUCUGCAUUUAAAGCAUCAUCAAGCCCUCGAGAAGCCAGUGGUGCUUAAGUAUCAGUGCAAGGUUGAAAAAGUCGCAUUUUUAUUGGUUGACGCUUUCUAACAAUUCCUAAAAAGCUCAGUAAUACCUAGUGAGUUCUAAAACCUAUAAAACCACUAGACGGUCGUCCAAACGUUUGCACAUUUUACGAUUAUUACAGUUUUAAGAUUAUUACGGUCUUUAAAUCAAGUGUUUUCAUGUAUGAGCAUUUGCAGUUCCCAGUUUCACGUUCUCUACACAUUCAUACACACACAGAGGGGUCAGGGGUGAAGUUCGAAGGGGCCGGUUAAUGACGACCUGCACUAAAAGCCAUAACGGAGAGGUCAGGUCCGAUGUGUUCCGGCGUCCCGGCCGUGUACACGGCGGAGGUUCAUUUGAUAUAAAGCUCUUUCACUGCAUUAUUUAUGUGUAAAAGAAAUAAAUGAUGAGAACGUAAA